AUGGAACCAGAUCCAAAAUUAUUGUCUCUCUUAGAGAAGGUUAAUAAUCCAAUUGAGUUGUUCAAAAUACAGAUAACUGUGAAAGGAGUUUAUGGAUUUAGUGAAGAUUGGAAAUUAACAGAUGAAACGAAUCCAGGAAUAUUUGCAAAUGUAGUUCGGUACUAAGGGGAAGAUAUGUUUGGCAAGAUCAAGGGUCGAGAAUUGACAGAGAAAGAGAAAUUUGAAGAGUAUUAGAAAAAUAGUAAAAAGAAUAAAAAGGACACUAAGAGUCCAGAGGAAGAAGAAUAAAUGAAAAAGGCAUUGGCAUUGGAGGAAGAGGAAGAAUUGAAGAAAUAAUAGCAUUUGGGGACUUUAUAAGAGCAGGAUAAAUUGUUUUUUAUUUCUGAGGACAAAUUCAAAACCAUAAGCAUCUAAUAUGAAGAAACUCAUACUAUUGAAAUUACAAAUGUACGUUAAUUAGAGGAAGAGAUUCUUGAGAACAGAAACUUCAUUUAUUUUAUUAGAUAACCUGCAAUCACAGAGGAAGAAUUAAUUAAAUUGAGGAAAGGUAAGACUAAAAAUCUGAAUAAUGCUGAAUUAACUUAAAUAAUAUUUAAGGGAGCUUUCGAUUUAUCGGAUUUAUUAGAGCCAGGAUGUACUCGUACAACUGUGAGAGCAUUUUUAAAAUAAGAAGAAAAUGCAGAUUGUCCUAAAUACAAUAGUGAUAAGUUGUAUGUCAAAGUAGAAAUAGAGACAGAACCUGCUCUCACUCCUUUGGUAGAAGAUAUUCCAAAGUUGGAUAUUGAACCAAUCAUUGUUUAAAGAAUACCCAGCAAAUUUGAGUGUGUUGGGUAAUUUCAAAGGGACAUUAAAGAGGCUAUGAAAGCUUUAGAUGAAGAAUAUUCUAAACUUUAUCCUAGCGAUCAAAAAGUCAAAGUUAGUGCUAAUUUAACAGUUUAAAAAAGGCAGGAGUUAUAGAAAAAAAAAGAAUCUUUUCUUAAUGAAAUUAAUUAAUCAGGAAAAUAUAAAAUUCUUUAAGAUAGAUUGAGAUCCUCUAUUAUUAGAGUUUGCAUUGACAAAUUUGCUAAGGAAGGGUUAUUUGUGGGAGUUAAUAAAGAUGAAUAAGACAGACUGUUUGCAGAACUUUAUGUUUUCAUGAUGGAAGAAAUGCAAACAACGCUUGGCGAAUAUGUACUGAAUAAUAAAGAAGACAUUCAUGAAGACUUAUACUAAACCUAUGAUUAAAAUCAAAGGGAUCGAGACGUAGUGUUUCAAUCUUUGAAGGAAUAAGCAUUUAAGAAAUUCAAGCGAUUUGCUGAACAAUAUGAAACUAUCAAUCAAGUCGACUAAGCACUGAAAUACUAUACUAAUAUGGUCUUGGUAGAUCCUAAAUCAGCUACUAUUUUUGCUAAAUAUUGUUUUAAAAUUCAGAGAUUUAAAGCAGCUGAACAAUUAAUCUAAAUGGUCAGAGAACUAGAAUGGAAUAAAGAAAAUGAAUUAUUGAUGGCUUGUCUUUAUAUAAGAAGAGAAAGAUUUAAGGAGGCCACAAACAUUGUUUAAGACUUACUAUCAAAGGAACCAAUAAAUACACUUUUUAAUCUCCUUAUGGCCUUCAUCUACAAGCAAUAAGGAAAUCAAAAUAUGGCUGACAAAUAUCUAAGAUGCACAUAAAGAAUUUUUAUGAGAACCAUGGGCUUAUUAACAAAAGGAUUUCCAAAGCAAUAACCUGAUCCUCAUGUCUUACCAAAUUUCAAAUAAUAAAUGAUAGAACAAUAAGAAAAAGCUAAGAAAGCUCCGGUUUUGACUUAAGAAUAAACUGAUUAAAUACAAUUAGAAUUAAUAGAAUAUUUUGCAUCUCGUAGCUUAUUUGACUUAGCCGAGAAGGCCCUUGUAAAUAUAAAAGAUAAAACAACUCAAAAAAUUAACAUUAUCAAAGCCUUAGAUUCAUAUUUUCAAUGA